GCUGCUUCUGACUGGCUGAACUACAGCUCAGACCGGCCCUCUGCUCUGACGUCAUACUGACAUUUCUAGGUUUGGAUUUAAAGGUGUGAGGAAGUGAUGAACACAGACAGCAGCAGCAUCUGUCAGUGUCUGCAGACGGAGGAGGAGGAGGAGGACGUCUCUCUGACCUCAUCUGGACUUUAACAGGAAACAACGAUGACGGCAGUGGACCUUUUCAACACUCUGCUGGAUUUAAAAGAAGAUGAAUUUAAGCAAUUCAAAUGGUAUCUGCAGCAAGACAUCAUGGAAGGUUACCGACGCAUCAAGGUGUCCAUGUUGGAGAAGGCAGAAAGGCAGGACACGGUGGAUGUGAUGGUGAAUAACUAUCAACUUCAAGGAGCUCUGAAGGUGACCAAGAAGGUUUUAGAGAUGAUCAACAGGAAUGAUCUAGCGCAGAAACUGCCAGACACCAGCUCAGGACCAGAAGAGUCAGUGGAUGUCAGUGAUGCUGGAGAGACUUCAGAGAAAAGAGGAACUCCCUCCUCUCAGAGCAAAGACGGGAUGGUUCCAGUACCAAAGCCUGCAUUGCACAUCUCAAAAUACCAAGAAAAGAUUCAGCCAAACUUCAAAGACCAUUACAUGCAACUAAAAGAAGGGUUGACGGAGGAGAAACAACCUCUGGAUGAGAUGUUCACACAUCUGACUGUCACAGCUGGGGGUGACGUACACAUCAACAGACAGCAUGAGGUCAGGCAGAUUGAGACAGUGAGGCCAGUAGAUACAGAGACAACAAUUAAACCUUGUGACAUGUUCAAACACACCUCUGGAAAAGACAGACUCAUAAGAACAGUGCUGACCAAGGGAAUCGCAGGAAUUGGAAAAACAUUUCUUGUGCACAAGUUUGUGUUGGACUGGGCUGAAGGAAGAGCCAAUCAAGAUGUGCAUCUCGUUUUCCCCUUCACCUUCCGCGAGCUGAAUUCAUGGAAGGGAGUGAAGGUAUGUUUGGCAGAGCUCAUUCAUGAAUGUAUCUGGGAGACCAAAGACAUCAAGGAAGAAGCUCUCAAUCACAUCUUUACAAAGCUGCAGUCAACAGGAAACACCAACUUUGACAAGAGUGAAUUCAAACUUCUGUUUGUUUUGGACGGACUGGAUGAGAGCCGCCUUGAUCUGGACUGCUCCACCAAUAAAAACAAGGCAGUUAAAAUUGAUGUGACAGCGCCGACCUUAGUGGACGAGCUGCUGACGAACCUCAUCAAGAAGGAGCUGCUUCCCUCUGCUCGUCUCUGGAUAACCACACGACCUGCAGCAGCCAAUCAGAUCCAUUCUGACUUUGUAGACAUCACGACAGAGGUCAGAGGGUUCUCCGACCCACAGAAGGAGGAGUACUUCAGGAAGAGAUUCACAGAUCAGGAACAGGCCGGCAGAAUCAUCUCCCACAUCAAGACAUCACGAAGCCUCCACAUCAUGUGCCAAAUCCCAGUCUUCUGCUGGAUCACUGCUACAGUUCUAGAUAAAGUGAUGAAAACCAGAGAGGGAAGGGAGCUGCCCAAGACCCUGACUGAGAUGUACGCAGAAUUCCUGCUGUUUCAGAUUCAUCAGACAAAAGAGAAGUAUGACCCAGAAGACUAUGACUCAGAAAAGUGCACUCAGUACAUUGAGUCAUUAGCAAAACUGGCUUACUGUCAGUUGGAAAAGGGCAACCUGAUCUUCUACGAGAAAGAUCUAGAAGAGAGUGGCAUUGAUGUCAGUGGAGCUUCAAAGUGCUCAGGAUUUUUCACAGAGAUCUUCAAAAAGGAAAGUCGGGGAAAGAAUGACAAAAAAAAGAUGUUUAGCUUCGUCCAUCUGAGUGUUCAAGAGUUUCUGGCUGCUCUUCAUGUCGAGAGGGCAGUAAUUAAUAGAAACAAGAAUGUCAUGUUUGGGCAAAGUUUGAUUGAACAAAUGCGAAUGGUUUUCAGCAAAAAAUCUAUGAUGUCUAAGGUCCAUAGGUUAGCUAUUGACAAGGCCUUACAGAGUCCAAACGGCCACCUGGACUUGUUCCUCCGCUUCCUCCUGGGUCUUUCACUGCAGAAAAAUCAGGAUCUCCUUCAAGACCUGCUGGCUCAGACAGGAAGUAGCUCAGAGCCCAAUCAGGAAACAGUCAAGUACAUCAAGAAGAAGAUUAGUAAGAAUCUGUCUGCAGAGAGAAGUAUCAAUCUGUUCCACUGUCUGAAUGAACUGAAUGAUCGUUCUCUAGUGGAGGAGAUCCAGCAGUAUCUGAGUUCAGGACAUCUCUCCACAGAUGAACUGUCUCCUGCUCAGUGGUCAGCUCUGGUCUUCAUCUUACUGUCAUCAGAAGAAGAUCUGGACGUGUUUGACCUGAAGAAAUACGGUGCUUCAGAGGAGGCUCUUCUGAGGCUGCUGCCAGUGGUCAAAGCCUCCAAAAAAGCUCUGCUGAGUGGCUGUAACCUGUCAGAGAGAAGCUGUGAAGAUCUGUCCUCAGUUCUCAGCUCAGAGUCCUCUAGACUGAGAGAGCUGGAUCUGAGUAACAAUGAACUGAAGGAUUCAGGAGGGAAGCUACUUUCUACUGGAGUGAAGAGUCCACACUGUAAACUGGAGACUCUCAGUUUGUCAGGCUGUCUGAUCACAGUGGAAGGCUGUACUUCUCUGGCCUCAGCUCUGAGCUCCAACCCGUCCCAUCUGAGAGUGCUGGACCUGAGCUACAAUCAUCCAGGAGACUCGGGAGUGAAGCUGCUUUCAGCUAGACUGGAGGAUCCAAACUGCAGACUGGACACUCUAAGGCUGGAUCAUUGUGGAGAGCAGAGGCUGAAACCUGGUCUGAGGAAGUAUUCCUGUCAACUCACACUGGACACAAACACAGUGAACAGAAAACUCAAACUGUCUGACAACAACAGGAAGGUGACAUAUGUGAAGGAGGAUCAGCCAUAUCCUGAUCAUCCAGAGAGGUUUGACUCCAGGUAUCCUCAGCUGCUGUGUAGAGAUGGUCUGACUGGUCGCUGUUACUGGGAGGUUGAGAGGAGAGGAGAGGUUGAUAUAAUAGUGAGUUACAGAGGAAUCAGGAGGAGAGGAGACGGUAGAGACUGUUGGUUUGGACGUAAUGAUCAGUCCUGGAGUCUGUUCUGCUCUGAUGAUGGUUACUCUGUCCGUCACAAUGACAUAGUAACAUCCAUCUCCUCCUCCUCUGUCUCUGGUAGAGUAGCAGUGUAUGUGGACUGUCCUGCUGGCUCUCUGUCCUUCUACUCAGUCUCCUCUGACUCACUGAUCCACCUCCACACCUUCAACACCACAUUCACUCAGCCUCUCUAUCCUGGGUUUAGGUUCUGGUCUCCUGGUUCCUCAGUGUCUCUGAGUCCUCUGGAGGACGGAGAGUCUCCUCCUGUUUCUCACAGCUGAUCAGUUGAGUCUGUUCAGGAUCACACUAACAGACAUAUUAUAUUUACCAAUAUAGGUGAUGGGAACAAAGACCGUAUA